AUGGGAGAAGUUCAUAUCAUCGCUAUCUUCACCCCGAAGCCGGGCAAAGUUGAUAGGCUGAGCGAACUGCUUGCAGCCCAGGUCGCCGAAGUGCAUGCCAAAGAAGAUUAUUGUCUUCGAUUUAUUGUCACAAAGCAGAUCAAUGAAGAAACACCCGACUUUGUGCUAUUCGAAACAUACAAAUCCGAGGCGUCGAUAGAUCAACACUUGAAGGAACCCCACUUUCUCCAAAUGUCCAAAACUCUUGGGGCGGAAGAUGUAUUGACCAAGAAGCCUUAUGUAGCAAAGACCAUAACAACGGGAGGGUUCGACUUGGACAUGAAACUAAUGUAG